CUCACCAAUGGCCUUCGCGCAGUGCGGGUAAAAGACAUGUUUCCACAUGCUCGGGGUGAAAUUCAGCGGCGUUCACCUGGUUAAACCCUGUCCGGCGUGUGUUCGGCUGGUCUCAGUGUGCGCUGCCGCUGCGGUCAGGGUAAAACAUGAAUUCCAAAAACAGUGACUGUGCGGCCGGUUUCCAGCAGGAAUUCAGGUCCUUCGCCACGGACGCGAUCCACGUCGGCCAGGAGCCGGAGCAGUGGAGCUCCAUGGCCGUCGUGCCUCCAAUUUCACUCUCCACCACCUUCAAACAGUACGGUCCGGGGAAGCAUGCGGGUUUUGAGUACAGCCGCAGUGGAAACCCCACACGUAACUGUCUUGAGAAGGCGGUUGCUGCUCUGGAUGGAGGGAAGUACUGCGUAGCUCUUGCUUCUGGAUUGGCUGCUACUGUGACCAUUACUCACAUGCUGAAAUCUGGAGAUGGAAUCCUGUGCAUGGACGAUGUCUAUGGAGGAACCAAUCGCUAUUUCCGAAAAGUAGCUGCAGAAAUUGGCUAUGAUAUCUCCUUUGCUGACUUCACAAACCUUGAAGUUUUAAAGGCAGCUCUUAAGCCUAAUACAAAGAUGUUGUGGAUUGAAACUCCCACAAACCCAACUAUGAAGAUUGUCGACAUCCAAGCCUGUUCAGAUGUAGCACAUGAAUAUAGUAAAAAUAUUAUUGUUGUGGUAGACAACACCUUCAUGUCGGCCUACUUCCAGCGCCCCCUGGCACUUGGAGCAGACAUCUGCAUGUACUCUGCAACAAAGUACAUGAAUGGACACACUGAUGUUGUUAUGGGGCUGAUUUCUGUCAGUCGUGAGGACCUUUAUGAACAACUGAAGUUUUUACAGAAUGCUUUGGGAGGUGUGCCUUCCCCAUUUGACUGCUACAUGUGUAAUCGGGGACUGAAGACGCUGCACUUGAGGAUGAAGCAACACUUCAAGAACGCCCUGGCUGUAGCAGAAUUCCUAGAGGCUGACCCCAGGGUGGAAAAAGUCAUUUUUCCAGGCCUGCCAUCUCACCCUCAACAUGAGCUAAUGAAGAAACAGUGCACAGGCUGCUCUGGUAUGAUCACCUUCUUCAUUAAAGGCAAACUGGAACACGCCACAACUUUCCUCAGCAACCUCAAGUUAUUUGCACUUGCUGAAAGUCUGGGAGGUUAUGAGAGUCUGGCAGAGCAUCCAGCAAUUAUGACUCAUGCUUCGGUGCCAGAAAAUGAGCGGAUGGAGCUGGGCAUCAGUGAUACACUCAUUCGCCUCUCUGUGGGACUCGAGGAUGAGGAGGACAUUAUCGCAGACCUGGCUCAAGCUCUUAGUGCUGCUCUUGCAAAGAAUUAAACUUGCCAAGAUGGGCCAGAAGCUGUGACACCCUUUCCACAGAGUGGAUAACACUUCAUACUACGUCCACAUGUUCAAUUUAUAACCAGUAUAUAACAUUUAUGCUUGGUGUCAAAUACAGAAAUGAGUGCUUCCAAAGGUCUGCAGUUAUUUCCACCCAUUCCUUCAAACCAGGUCAAAUUUACGAUACAAGCUAACAAGCUAUCUUUCUUAACUGUUGGCUGCUUUUACCGUUAUCUUUUCUGACCAUUAUAUUAAUCGAAAUUGCAGGUGUGGUAGUUAGCAACUGAAUCUAUUUGGCAUUCGGGAAAUGUAAACUGGGGUUAUAGAAAGGUGAGCAAGGAAAUGCUGUUCUCAUGAGUUAUUUUAUUUCUAUCUUUCCAUACACUGAGGAUGUGAGUGAUUUUGAAGUGCUGAUGGGUCAACUUCAGCAGGCAUUCUAGACUCUUCUUAGCGCACACACUAAGAGUUUGUCUCAUUGACAAAUAUAUGAUUUUACAAAUGAUCAAUGUCUCAUUUUAACAGACCAUAACUUGAUUUAUCAGUAUUUGUAAUAUUUUUUGAACGGUUGCUUUUGAUCUUGUCAUCUAUGCUGAUGGAACCAUUAAAAGCCAUUUGUGUCGUC